AUGGAGCACUACUGCCUCUUCGCUGGUCCCAUCGCUCUUCUGCUCUACGGUCUGUAUGUCAGACGCCCUGCGGCUGAAGACAUCUUCUCCAGACCCCGCGAGGCUUACGGAGAAGCAUUGGCGACGUAUGGGCCUGUAAUAGGUGUACGGCGCAAGGGAAAUCUCGAAUACAUCGUCAAUCAAGAGUAUGCCCGCCAUGUCCUAACCUGUGACCGCCUCUUCAGCUUUGAACAGGGUUCCGCCGCCAUCAUGAACCUCCAGCCCAUCAUGGCGUUCACCCAAGGGACCCUUUUUCGUGACCUGCAGGAUUUCGUCAGGGACGGCAUCGUGAACCGGAUCGAUGAGAUUGUCUAUAGGAUUUGGCCCCUCUUCCAGAAAGACACGAAAGAGUUCAUAGAUCUCGCCGCUGACGGCCUGAAGUCCGGCAAGCAUCCGAAUUGCUUCGAACAUUUUCACAACACGAUCGCCGAGACGACCUUGAUUCUUCUGCUGGGCCAGGAUUAUGUCAACGAGCAAAAUCUUUUGAUCAUUGAAGACGUCUCGAACGGUAUGGCCGAGCUCACGGGGCAGUAUCAGAACUUCUCGAUGAUCGGGAGAUACCUGCCGAUCCUUUGGAUCCUGUACACCUGGGUGAAGGUGAUGCUGAUCACCAUCCCGUUCGGCUUCCUCCGUAAAUACGGACCCAAGGUUUGGCGCGACAUCGAUCGCUAUGAGGAGAUUAGCCGGUCCAGGAAGCUGUCUCCAAAAGACGAGCCGAGGACGGUCUUGUAUCUCAUUGUCAAGACAUACAUGCCUCGUGAUGGAAAACGAAUCAGCGCACCUCGACGCCUUUACAUCGCCGUGUUGUUACUAUGCUUGAUUUUCGCAGCAGUCCACACGACUACCGUUGUCUCCCAAUGGGUGCUAUGUCAGCUUGCCAUGCGGCCGGAAUACCUUGCCCCGCUUCGUGAGGAGCUCGCAAGCGUUCUUGAAGAGGAUGAAUCGGGUGCUCUUCGUCUAACUGCGCAAUCGCUUCGGGAAGCCCGCUUGAUGGACUCCUUCAUACGAGAAGUGAUGCGCCUGAAGGGCGACACGAUCUCGGCCAUGCGGUACACCACCUGCGACGUCCCCCUUGGUGAUGCGAUUCUACCGAAGGGACACUUCGUGACAGCGAUGUCAACGACCGUGCAUGAGAACCCGGAAGUAUUUGGGGAACAACCCCGCGAGUUCAACGGGUUCCAAUGGGCUGAGCUUGGAAAAGAAGCAGUGAUGACAGGGCCUGCGCACAUUGUCUUCGGCUUGGGCCGGUUCGCGUGUCCAGGACGCGUCCUCGCCGUCAACGAGAUUAAAUUGAUCGUCAUGUCGUUAAUUGCGCGUGCGACCCCAACAUUGCUUGAAGGCAGAUUCGAAGUAUCGGACCCUUUGAACACGGUAACCCAGCCCCCAAAGGGCACUCUCGUAUUCCAGCCGCUUGAGAAGCCAUACCUUGAACUUUGACCGGCGAGAAGACGAGAAGAAUUACACGAAGGGUUGUCGAAUUGCGACAAGCAUUGCAGCCUCGUUUUCUCUCUCCCACGUCCCGUUCGGCAUCUCUGCACAUCCAACGGCUCCUUCAUCUGCCCCACAUGUAGUUGCUAUCCUUCCUGUCCUUGCUAUGUCUAUCUUCUUUGAUUGAGUUCAACAGCUGUGAGAGCGGUGUGGCCUACGCUGACACGCCGCUCCUCACGCCCCUAUCUUUACUAGGGUCGCUGCUUGCUGUCGCUGCACUGUCUCUCUGGUAACUCCGUUUUGUAUGAUUCCUACAACGCCCGCACUCUCACGACCAUAGCCC